ACACCAUCCUCUCUUUCUUCGAUAUCAAUUGACAGUAUCAGCAGUAUCAUCAUUCUUUACUUCAAUUGUAUCCUUAUUCUUCUUAUCCUCAAUCUUCUUCCUCUUCUUCUUCUGCUAUUAUUUACUCAUCCUCACCUAUCCUCCAUCGCCGCGGCAAGUGCGGCCCAUCGAUCUUCACUUCCCUCUUCACCACCACCACCACCACCACCACCACACCCUCCACCUCUCCCCAACCACACCAAACCCACGAAUGAGUCUGCUAGACUACAUCCUCACCCUCCCGCAAUUCACAGACUCCAGACUCCCUUCUCUCUUCAGCGACUUCCGCCGUCUCAAAGAGUCCAACCCCGAUGGCUACCAGGCAAACAUCACCGCCUGGAAAACCGCGCUCGUGAGCGCUUUGCGUCGGAGUACCCGCUCUCCUGAUCCUGAUUCUUCUUCUACUGCUACUACUACUACUACUACUACUACAGAUAGUGUGCUGGUGCUGCACUCCGGCGCCACCCUCCUCGCCGCACUCACGUCCCCCACGCACGGCCACCCGCUCGCCCUCUCCGCCGUCUUUGAAGACCAAACCGCGCAGCACCGCUUCGUCCCGCUCGCCACCUUCCUCGCCCAGCAAACAAGCAUCUACAAAGACUCCCAGUGGAAACUCGUCAAGCUCGGCGCCUCGCUCGCGCGCUGGGCGGUCAGGGAUACGCGGGUGGGCGAGUACUACGACGCGGUGGUGGCGUGGCGGCGGAGGGAGGGGUUGGCUGAGGAGGAGUAUGUUGUGCUUGAGAACGUGGAGGACGCGGCGCGGGUGCUGGUCGCGAGGGUGAAAGCGAGGGCGGGGGCGGGGAGGUUUGCGGGGGUGUAUUCUGUUGAGGUGUUGAAGGAGCUGUUUUCGAGUGAUCCGUUUGGGAAGAUGGAGGAGGAGGAGGAGGAUGAUGAGGAGUUGGUGGGUGGGAAGAUCGUCAAGAGGAAGAAGACUGGGCCGGUGUUGUCGGAUCAGGACUGGACGGUGUUGAUACGGCAUAUUACAAGAGAUAUGCAGCAGGCAACGACAUCACCCUCUGGAUCUAUCAUCAAAUUCAAGCUCGCGGCAUCGACUCUCACCCCCCUGACCGAAGAAGAACAGACCGUAGCGCAACUCCGCGCGAUGGUGCACCACCUCAGCACCCGCAUCGCCUCCCAACACCAGCUCUCCCUCUCCUCCCGGCAAAAGUCCACAUCCCUAAUCUCCACGCGCCCGCAGACCGCGCACACGAAACAGCUCGCGCUGACGCAGCUCAAGACGGCGAAGAUGGCGGAGGCCACCGUGCGCAAGACGAUGGAGUACCGGAUGCAGCUCGAGGCUCUUAUAAGCUCGAUCGAGGCCGCGCAUGAUAAUCUUGAGAUGACGAGGAUUAUGCGGAGUAGUCUGCCUGUCUUGCGGGAUCUGAAUAAACGCGCGGGAGGGGCGGAGAAGGUGGCGGAUUUGGUGGAGCAGAUUGAGAGUGAGGUCGAGGAGACGAAGGAGGUGGGGAGGAUUAUCAGCGAGACGACGGUCGAGGAUGUGGAUGAGGAUGAUAUCGAGGCGGAGUAUGCGCGUUUGCUUGAGGAGGAAAGUAGUCAGAGCAGGCGGGACGACAAGAAGAAGGAGGAGGAGAAUGAGGACGAGCUUGCGGAUAUGCUGUCGAAAGCGAGUUUGGCUGAUGUCCCGGAUCUCGAGGAUAAGAAGGUAGAGCCAGAGAAGAUGACUGUUUGAUUACAGAGCGCCUGAUACAUAAUACAGUACAGUCAGAGCAGGCGGAUUUAUAUACAGAACGGUUUUAUUCGUAAUAUAGU